CCGCCAUGGUUAUGUCCCAGGGCACUUACACGUUCCUCACGUGCUUCGCCGGUUUCUGGCUCAUCUGGGGUCUCAUCGUCCUACUCUGCUGCUUCUGCAGCUUUCUGCGCCGCCGCCUCAAACGGCGACAGGAGGAGCGACUACGUGAGCAGAACCUGCGCGCCCUCGAGCUGGAACCCCUGGAGCUCGAGGGCAGCCUGGCUGGAAGCCCCCCAGGCUUGGCGCCGCCGCCACCACCGCAGCGCGGCCGCCUUGAGGCGCCGGCGCACGCGCAUCAGCACGUGCACGUCCACCCUCUGCUGCACCACGGGCCGGCGCAGCCACACGCACACCCGCACGCACACCCGCACGCACUUCCGCACCCGCCGCCGGCGCACCUAGCGGUGCCGCCGAGGCCUUGGAGCUACCCACGCCAAGCGGAAUCGGACAUGUCCAAGCCACCGUGCUAUGAAGAGGCGGUGCUGAUGGCCGAGCCGCCGCCGCCCUACAGUGAGGUGCUCACAGACACGCGCGGCCUCUAUCGCAAGAUCGUCACACCCUUUUUGAGCCGCCGAGAUAGCUCGGAGAAACAGGAGCAGCCGCCGCCCAGCUACAAGCCGCUCUUCCUGGACCGGGGUUACACAUCGGCACUGCACCUGCCCAGCGCUCCACGGCCCGCGCCACCCUGCCCUGCGCUCUGUCUGCAAGCGGACCGUGGCCGCCGGGUCUUCCCCAGCUGGACCGACUCCGAGCUCAGCAGCCGCGAGCCGCUGGAGCAUGGAGCUUGGCGUCUGCCGGUCUCCAUCCCCUUGUUUGGGAGGACUACAGCCGUAUAGAAGGGCGCGGGCGUUCUGGGCCCCACCCGCGCGGACUUGUGGCCUGACUGCGGGGCUUUUUAAAUGCUUCCCUUGGACUGCGGGGGGGGGG